UAAAUCUUAAGCCAUUCAAAGGUAAAUUUCUAAAAAUUCUGAACCAUUAACAACACAAACAGCCCUGUGUUGAGUAAGAGUAUAGUUUUGCCAGUUGCAACUGUGGGUAAGGUUUUCAUGGCGGUGUCUGUAAUACCAACACCAAUUUCAUGGCAUCCUGUUCGCGCCAACAAUACUACUCUACUCAUCCACCGGUCAUCCACCACCACUAAUCCACUCAUCCGCCGUCACUCAACCGUCGUAUGUUCAUCAUCUCUCAAAUCCUCUAAUUCUGCCGAGGAGAAGAGAGAGUUGCUCAAACAGUACGGACUCGAUCCUGAUGAGUUUUUAUCUGAUCCUACCCCUUCCAAGUCGAGAAGGAAAAGAGAACAGCAGAAGAGUGGAAAGGGGGAGCGGGUCGGGUCGGCACCACCUGAGCGAACGAAGCCCAGGGAGACUCAUAAGUUGCUUCAGGUACUUGGAGGGACGGCACGAAGGAAGAAAUUACUCUCACCUAAGAGCAUGGAUGUCCGCCCGAUGAUGGAAGUAGUCAAAGGUGCAGCUUUUGGUAUUUUGCAGGCUGCCGGUGGCUGUCCUACAUCUUUAAGGCCUGGCCGAUGGUUAGAUUUAUACAGUGGUACAGGAUCCGUUGGCAUAGAGGCUAUCAGCCGAGGAUGUUCUGAGUCCCAUUUUGUGGAGAUGGAUCCGUGGGUUGUUUCUGAUGUUUUACGACCUAAUCUGGAAUGGACUGGCUUUCUUGAUAAUUCGGUUAUACAUACCGUGCGUGUGGAAACUUUUUUGGAGCGCACAAAAGGCGACCCGUUUGAUUACAUAAGUGUCACACCUCCAUAUAUGCUAGUGGACUAUGAGAUCCUAAUGAAACAAAUUUCAGAAUCAGCUGUGAUCGGGGACGAUUCUUUUAUAGUUGUGGAGUAUCCCUUCCGAACCGACAUGCAUGAAACAUGUGGAUGCCUUGUGAAGUUGGCUGAUCGACGGUUCGGAAGGACAAAUUUAGCAAUAUACGGGCCGAAGUGGGCGCAGAAGAAGGGAAGGUCAUAAUGGUGGGGGAUACAGCAGAACUGUGCUACAAGAUUGUGUGCUAGCACUUGGAGUUGAAAGAAUUUGAAGCAAAAAUACAAGUGAAGUUGAAGCUUUAGAACUCAAAUGAAGGUAAAGAAGGUUCUUUUCUCCACAGGGGUUGAUGUUAACACAAGUAUAGAUUCCCUCAAAUCUAGUUUAAACUGGAUUUGCAUAUAGUUCAGUGUAUUCUUGAGCAUAUCUGUAUGUUAGGAGUAGGUGAUUUUUUGUCACAAAUUUUUAUGAUACCUAAAGCACCAUGAUUGUUAUAACUUAAGGAUCAUAUGACUCAAAAGGGUGAUUAAAAAUGAUUGUUAUGAAUUGUGAUAAAAAAUGGUUGAGAUAAUGAGAUGUAUAUAUUAGAUGGUC